AUGGACAAAGCGUCCCCAAGUACAAUUAUCCUGCGUGUGCCCAAGCAUACUAGUAAUCUGUCGCACCUGGAAUUCCGCGACGCGUCCUUCUUCGCGCGCCCCGGUUCGACCAACUUGCAUCUGCCCUCGCCGGCCAAUGUCUUGCAACGACAUGCUCACAGUCCCGGAAGUCAGCAUGGUAUUGCCGUCUUUGAGGAGCUGACGCUUGUUGUGAAGUUUGGGCAGGCCUCCCAUAAUCACUUGGAUAAUGCGCUUACCAUGCGAGCACUGUGGAAGGCCUUUCCCAAACGCGAGGAGUCGAUAUGUAAAGACAUUGGCUCAAUCCAAGCCCACCUCCGAAGGCUCGGACCAGAAUCCGAAGAGACUUUCAUAGGGUCCAUCAGCCAUGGCCAAGUUCGAGAUCGCUUUGCCCGCCACGACCCCCUCGCUGGGAGUUCGGGGCCAUUUGCUACCAUUAAAGACUUCAACGACUGGGUCCAGCUGGCAGCACUUCCAACUACGCCCCUCUCACAGAGGGAAUACGAGGAUCCCUAUCGAACCCUUCUACCGGACACUGGCGACAUCCAUUUCGCUCAUGGAGAUUUUCAUCUGGGCAACAUCAUGCUUUCAAACCUCCCAGGGGCAGUUCCAACCAUCACCGGCGUUAUGGACUGGGAAGAGGCUGGAUGGUAUCCGUCAUAUUGGGAAUACUGUAAGAUGGCGUUGGUCGUUGAUGAGGAUCAUGAGACUUUCACCCGUGGGUACAUCGACAGCAUCUUGCUACAGAGGCCUGAGAAUGAGCUCACUGCUGUGAUGGAGUAUUGGUCGUGGCGUGGAUAUCUCUAA